AUCCGCGCUGUAUACUUCCGCCCCACGUCGGUCUUAACUUUCACUUUUGGUUUUGACAUUUUACUGUAAACAAGAGUUCUUUUGGACUUUUCAAAUCUUUGUUUCUUGUCAGAUCGGAAGGAAUUAAACGAAAACAAUAAACACCGAGAUGAGUACUGCUGUACAGGAGGACAACUACGAGGAGGCCCUUAAAGAGCUGAAGGCGCUCCGGGCUAAAGUAGAGAAAGCUGAAGAUACAAAAUCCAGGCUUCUGCUGGAAAAACUGGAAGAAGAUGAAGCCAAGGGAAAGGCCCAACGGGAGAUGAUGGAACAGUUGAAUAAGCAGAAACUUUGUGAGAAAGAAUUUAAGCAGCAGAAGGACAAGCUGCAGGAUGAAAUCGAUCAGCUUUCCAGAAAAAAGCAGGAUUUACAGGAAAAACUCAGGAAAUGUCGGAAACAAUUGGAGACAAAGAGAGCUGAAUCUACCAAACUGAAAGAGAGAUUCAAGAUUUAUGCUCCGAUUCCACACACAGAGGUGAAGUUUCUGGCUCCUAUGAAAGAGAAAGAAUGCACUGAUGAAAUGAACCACUUGAUCAGAGGAGUGUUUACCAUCAGCCAGCAAGUUACUUUGCUUCUACAAGGAGGCCAGGCACUUCUCACCUUCGAAGAAGAGAAGGUGGCUUCUCAGAUCCUGAAAAUGGCCCACUGCCGGGUGACUUGUGAGGGCUCCUCUCUGGAUGUCAAACCUAAAAGAAUCACCAUGGAAACACCUGUGACGUUUGAGGUCCACCUUGAUAUGUCCAGGAAGGAGCUACAAGUUCUGGAUGUCCCUCCUUCCAUGCCAGAGGAGAGGAUAAAGGACAGACUGGAGAUGAGUUUUUCUAAAAGCAGCCGGGGUGGAGGAGAGGUGGAGAGUGUGGAUUACGAUGAGGAGAGCAGAAAGGGACGCGUGAUAUUUCUACAUCCUGGAGUUGCUGUGGACCUGGCCAUGAGAGGAGAUUACAUCGUUGAUCUAGAACAUGAAGAACACCUGAAGGUUGAACCAACAUAUAGAUAUGAUCUGCAAAAGUUUCAGACAUUUUGUGGUUCUGUAAAACGAACCAUCCUUCUGGACGGCAUUGGGGGUAAAGAAGAUGAGGAGGACCUGCAGGACCACCUUGAAAUCCACUUUCAGAAGCCCAGCAACAGCGGUGGUGAGAUUGAGUGCAUUCGUUACAUCUCCGAGGGCAAGACUCUCCAGGCUUUCUUCUCUGAGGACAAGAUGGACGUGGAGUGAAAUUGUCGUAUCCUCAGUUUGAACGUUUAUUACAUCCUUCUGUAAAAAAAAAAACGGUUGAUCAUUAAAGCUAUCUGAUUGUUUGGCAAAAGUGGAGGGAUUGUUAAGAUGUUUGAGGUGGUUCUUGGUGGAGGAAUUUUUGUUUUUCAAUAAUCAAAAUCUAUUGGAAAUGUAAGUUUUUACACAUUAACUUUGUGAGUUAUUAAAUCAAAGCUGCCUAGUUGUCUCUAUAAACAUAUAAUCAGUAUCACACGCAUCUAAACACCUAGAAAGUCCUGUCACUUCCUGACUGACUGUAGACGCCUAGGGACCAUGUGGAGGGAACUGUCUCUGAGGCUUUUUGGAGAUUUCCCACCAGAGCUCUGUCCUUUUCCACCACUGACCGUAUGUGGUCAGCAGGAUUCAUCUGGCUGAGGGAGAUGUCACUUAUAUGUAAUGCUCUUAGUCUCUUUUCAUGUUUAUUAAAUGCUUCUUGCUGAAUUAAUAAAAUUGUGGAUGUUU